AUGGCAGAGCCAAAUACAACUGGUUUUGGCAAAUAUAUGUCAUUCAUUACAAACCGUUUACUUGAAAAUACUGUAUGGACAUUUGCUGAAUUAGGUAUUGCUGAUCAUCUCGCAGCUGUUGAUAAACCGCAAACAGCUGAAGAAUUAGCAAAAAAACAAGGAUGGAAUAGUGAAUAUCUUUAUCGGCUUUUACGAACAGUAACUGAUGCUGAUAUUGUACGUGAAAUAAAAUCUGAUCAAACAAUCGAACCAGAAAAA